AUGAGCUCUGCUGCAGAAAUCUCAACCUCAGCCCUAUUGUGCUUUAAGAUGAAUGGCUCGUGCCACAGAACCCUACAUCCCUUUGGAGUCCAAUUAGCCAUCUACUUGAUCUGUGCCCUCGGUGUGCUACUUACAGUCCUGGGCAACCUGCUGGUGGUGAUUUCUGUCCUUCAUUUCAAAGUCCUUCACACCCCAACCAAUUUCUUGCUGCUUUCCUUGGCCUUGGCAGAUCUCCUCCUGGGCUUAACAGUCCUUCCAUUUAGCACAAUCCGUUCUGUGGAGAGCUGCUGGUACUUUGGAGAUGACUUCUGCCGGCUCCACACCUUUCUGGACACUUUGUUUUGCUUGACUUCCAUACUCCACCUCUGUUUUAUAUCCAUUGACCGUCAUUGCGCCAUCUGUGACCCGUUGCUCUAUCCCACCAAGUUCACUCUAAAGGUUGCCUGCAUUUAUAUUGGGAUAGGGUGGGGGGUGCCUGUGAUUUACACCUCCAUCUUCCUCUAUAGCAAAACAGUUGAGGAGAGCUUAGGUCACUUCUUGCAGGACAUGCCUUGUGUUGGGAGCUGUCAGCUGCUGUUCAACAAACUCUGGGGCUGGAUCAACUUCCCAAUUUUCUUCCUCCCCUGCCUCAUAAUGAUAGGGUUAUAUGUCAAAAUAUUUAUUGUGGCAACCAGACAAGCCAAACAGAUAAGUGGCAUGGCUAAGAAAACGGGGGAAUCACAGCAUCAGUUGGGAGCCACGAAAAGAGAAAAGAAGGCAGCUAAAACACUGGGGAUUGCUGUAGGAAUCUAUCUUCUGUGCUGGCUGCCCUUUACCAUAGACACCAUGGUAGAUAGCAUGAUGGAUUUCAUUACCCCACCCGUAGUGUUUGAUGUUCUUAUUUGGUUUGCUUACUUUAAUUCUGCAUGCAACCCCUUGAUUUAUGUGUUUUCCUACCGUUGGUUCAGGAAAGCUAUAAAGCUUGUUCUAACACGUCAGAUCUUCACUACAACAACAUGUACUAUAGACCUGUACCAGGAAGAAUAA